AUGCCAAUACGAUCGCCUAUUUAUUUAAUUGCCAGUGGUGAUUCUCGUCUUGCUGCUAAUCAAACAUGUUGGGAAGCACAAGAUAAACUUGAACAAGCAUUAGGUAAAGCUCUUCAAUCACUUGGUCAUACAGUAAAACGCGCACAUGAAUAUGAUAAGAGCAAAAAACAUGGUUUUAUUGAUAGUCAACGUAUGGGUAUGAAUGUAUUUGCAAAUUUACCAUCUGAUGAUGUACCAUUAAUUGUUGCUGAAGCUGUUUGGCAAUAUUCUCAUCAUGUUUUAGCUGGUUUGACAACACAUAAAGGUCCAAUAUUAACUGUAGCUAAUUGGUGUGGACAAUGGCCAGGUCUUGUUGGUAUGCUUAAUUUAAAUGGUUCAUUAACAAAAGCUGGUGUUAAAUAUAGUACAUUAUGGUCAGUUGAUUUUACAGAUAAAUUCUUUUUAAAUAAACUUAAAGAAUGGCUUGAAACAGAAACUAUUCAACAUGAUCUAUCACAUGCACGACCAUUAAAAGGAUGUAAAAAAAUACCAGAUGAUUUAGAAAAAAUUGGCAAAAAAGUAGCCGAAAAUAUUUUAAAACAUAAAGCUAUUAUGGGCGUAUUUGAUGAAGGUUGUAUGGGAAUGUAUAAUGCAAUAAUACCCGAUGAACUUCUUCAUAAAUUAGGCAUUUUUAAAGAACGUCUUAGUCAAUCAGCACUAUUUUUUGAAAUGCAACAAACAAAAGAUGAUGAAGCUCGUGCUGUUUAUGAUUGGCUUAAAAAUAAAGGCAUGAAAUUUGAUUUAAAAGAACAACCAAAUGAUUUAACGGAUUUAACUGAAGAACAAAUUCUUUGGCAAUGUAAAAUGUAUAUUGCUGCUGUACGUUUAGCAAAUGAUUUUGGUUGUGAUUUAAUUGGUAUUCAAUAUCAACAAGGUUUAAAAGAUUUAGUACCAGCAUCCGAUUUAGCUGAAGGUUUAUUAAAUAAUGUUGAUCGACCACCUGUUAAAGAUCGUACAAAUCAACAUGUACUUUUUGAAAAUGCUGCUGUACCACAUUUUAAUGAAGUUGAUGAAUGUGCUGGUGUUGAUGCAUUUAUUACAAAUCGUAUUUGGAAACAAUUAGGUUAUUCACCUGAAUCAACAUUACAUGAUGUACGUUAUGGUGAAGAUUAUAAUGGUGUAUUUACAUGGGUUUUUGAAAUAUCAGGUGCUGUUCCACCGGAACAUUUAACUGAUGGUUAUAAAGGUGCUGUUAGUUUACGUCAACCACCAAUGUACUUUCAUAAAGGUGGUGGUACAAUUCGUGGUAUUUCAAAACCUGGUGAAGUUGUUUGGAGUCGUAUAUAUACAGAAGAUAAUCGAUUAAAAGCUGAUAUUGGACGAGCACAUGUUGUUGAAUUACCAAAAGAAGAAAAUGAACGACGUUGGCGUGAUACAACACCACAAUGGCCUAUUAUGAAUGCACAAUUGCUUGGUGUUAGUCGAGAUCAAUUAAUGGCAAAACAUAAAGCUAAUCACAUUCAAGUUGCAUAUGCACCUACUGCUCAAGAUGCACAAAAAGCAUUGGCAGCUAAAGCAGCUUGUUUUCAAGCAUUAGGUAUUGAAGUUGUCGUAUGUGGUACUGAAACAGGACUUGAAUAA